GGAGCCCGAAUUUGGGGAGGAGUGUCUGCAAACGCGUCCAGGGUAGUGCAGUUCUGAAUAUCACAUUCCUUUGUCAUAAAAAAUCAGGGAGCGAGGAUAAGAGAGAGACAGAGGAUCGUUCAUCAUUCCCGCUGGGGAGUUUAAAUGGGACAGAAAAAGGGUGCACGUUGCAUCUGGGAACAUCCUACUUUUUCCAUUUGAAGUGUCCAGAAGAGGCCAAUCAAAUGAAGAGCAUGUUGCCCCAGAAAAAUACAGGCCCUACACUGGCCUAUAGCAGCACAGAUUGCGGAAAGCUUCAUACCAAUGGUAACUCUGUGGGUGGGUCGAGUGUCAGAGGAACCCGUUCCAAGGCGGAGCUGCAGGAGUUGAUGGACAGCUUGCAGCGGAGGAAGUCAGCUCUGGAGGCCAGUUUACGGGCCAGUACAGAGCGUGCUUACCUCAAUUUGUCCCCACCCCCAAGUCCCGUUUCCACCAAAUAUCUCCUACAAGAACGGCCACCACUCUCGAUCAGAGUUCCCUCCUCUUACACUGCCACCAGUGGCAUCAGCAUUCCGCCUUCCCCUCGCCAAUCAGAACGGCCCAUGAGUCCGGUCCACAUCCAUACUCAUGCACGCCAGCAAUCACAGGACAACCUUCUGCUCUGUCAGUUGCCUGAUGGACACCGCCCAAGUACUGCCAGCUCCUUCCUGUCUAUGUGGAAUGGCUCCUCCUAUGUGGCCGACACUCUUUCUGUGUGCCGCCGUGGCCCAAGUGGAGCUGCCAGCAUGCCCUCCAGUCCCAGGCUGGGCCGCCGGCUGCUGGCCCGUGAUCCAGAACCCGCCGGGGACCCUUCCCAUCGACAGAGGAAGUACUCCACCGGCUCGUUGAAUGGCCUAGCAGGACACAGCCUCUCUAUGCCUAGACUGUACCGGGGAGACGUGCCAACCCUCUCCCUACCACCCCGCCACUCCUCCAGACCACGACGCAGCCUCCCUUCCCUGGAGCGCCCUCCAGACGUGACGGUGACAGCCAGCGUGCCCGACAGCCCUCGCAGGGCAAGCCUGUCGUCGGUGGGGUCAGCGCCAUGCUUGGACCUAGGCCUGGGCGAAAGGAGGCUGUCGUUUGGGAAGGGAGGAGUGGUCUUGGGAAUGGGUCAGAGGAGAGGCAGCAUCACCUCCCUGAGCAGCAAGGAAGAGCUCCAAGACUACCAUCAGAGACAGAGAGAUGAGAGACUUCGAGAACAGGAAGUGGAGAGACUGGAGCGUCAGCGUCUGGAGACCAUCCUCAGUUUGUGCUCUGAGCUGGACCACCCUCAGGUGGGCCGCGCUGACAAUGGCACCUGCCCCGGAUCUGCCGCUGUCUCAGACCUGCAGAAGAUCAACCGGGAGCUGGAGAAACUGCAGGUGUCGGACGAUGAGUCUGUGCUCUCUGACUCGCCUGGCGCACCUCCGGAUAGCAGUCCGAGGGGUAAAGGGGGCGGGGAGACCCGGCCCCGGAGACAGAAGCAGCUGAGCAGGCAGAAGGAGACCAAGCCACAGUCCCCCACCAGCAGCGUGCAGAGCGGCGCUCAUUCCCAUUCCCCACACCACAACAGCAAGGUGUCGGAGGAAGUGAAGAUGAGACGGGAAGUGACCCGCAUAGAGGAAGAGAGGAUUCAGGUGCUCAACAACAUUGAAGAGCUGGAGCAAAAGAUCAAGGAUUUAGAUACGCAGAUGGACGAGUCUAUCAGAGAGAUGGAGGUGGAGAAGGCUCUGCUGGAGGGAGAGCAGGGGGCGGAGUUAGCGCUACUCCAUGCGGAUAAGGAGAUGCUGGAGCAGCUCAGUGAAAAGAUGGGCAAAGUGGAGAAAAGUGCAGAUGCUGAUAAGACACAGGACACAGCCCUGUUGGAGGCAGAGAGAGUUAAAAUAGAGAAGCUAGCAGAGUUGAUCUCGGAGCAGAAGAGCCAGCUGGACUCGUGUCCGGAAGCACUGAAGGAACAGCUCCAGAGGCAGCUCUCCAGGGACACAGAGAUGUUGGAGGCUGAGACGAAGCGUUUCGAGGAUCUGGAGUUUCAACAGCUCGAGAGGGAGAGCUGUCAAGAUGAAGAGAAGGACACACAUCUCCAGCAGCUUCUGAAAGAGACUGCAGAGUACCAACGCAGCAUAGUCAUGCGCAAGGAGAGGAUCCUGACCCUGAAGAAACAAUCUACUCAGAUUACCCACCAGGCUCAACGGGAGAAGGAGAACUUCCUGAAAGAGAAGAACAAUCUGCACCUCAUGUUGCAAAGGGAGCGGGAGAACCUUUCCACUCUGGAAGAGAAGUAUGCCGAACUGACUGGUGGUCUUAGCCCUGUAUCUAUGAAGGAUCAUUUUCGCUCUAUGGAGGAGAGAAGGCGGCGCAGCAGUGGUAAGGAGGGUGGGCCGUUGCUGAGUGACAUUAGGCCCCGUAAGAGAGAGAGGCAGAGCUCCGGCACCUUCAGUAGUUCCACACUUGGCCACAGCCUGUCCCCAAAGCCUCAUCUGCCUCUGGCCCAGAGCUCGAGUUGUGGCAGUGUGCUCCCGCGCUCGCUCUCUCUCGCCUCCAGAGAGCUGGACUCCCGCCACCUCCUCAAGGUCGGUCCAUUGUAUUCAAAUGAAGAGAGGCAGAGCAGUAGGGCUGUCUCUGAGUCAAACGUCUACCUGGACCCUUUCCACUACCUGGACAACGGGGCCAGCUUUGACACUAUGAGUGUGGAGAGCUCAGAUAGCCUGGAAACCAGUAUCUCUGCCUGCUCUCCUGACAACAUGUCUAGCAGUGCCAGUGCCAGCAAUGUGGCUAAGAUAGAGGAGAUGGAGCGUCUGCUGAGAGAGGCACAGGCAGAGAAGAACAGAAUCCUGGAGCACAGGGAGCGAGAGAUGGAGCUGCGGCGGCAGGCUCUGGAGGAGGAGAGAAGGAGGAGAGAGGAGCUGGAGAGACGACUGCAGGAGGAGACCCAUAUUCGACAGAAGCUCAUCGAGAGGGAGGUUAAGCUGCGGGAGAAGCAGAGGACGCAGUCUCGCCCUUUGACGCGUUACCUGCCGGUAAGGAGGGAUGACUUUGACUUGCGCAGUCACAUCGAGGUGUCAGGACAUCACCCCGACACCUGCUAUCACCUGGCCAUUACCGACAAGACGUGCCGUGGCUUUCUGGUCAAGAUGGGUGGCAAAAUCAAGACGUGGAAGAAGCGCUGGUUUGUGUUUGACCGGAACCGGCGCACCCUGGCGUACUACGCAGAUAAACAUGAAGCAAAAAUGAAAGGAGUAAUUUACUUCCAGGCCAUAGAGGAAGUGUAUUAUGAUCAUCUUAAGAACGCACAUAAGAGCCCAAACCCCUCACUGACAUUCAGUGUGAAGACACACGAUCGUGUAUACUACAUGGUGGCUCCAUCUCCUGAAGCCAUGCGCAUAUGGAUGGAUGUGAUUGUCACGGGUGCUGAGGGUUACAUCCACUUCCUGGUGUGAGCAGCAGCUGUACAGCACCCUCACACUGCUGCCAUCAAUGUCCAGCACGGUCCGGUCUGGCCAGUGAGAAGGACCUACAUCUGCCCAUGGACAGAAAUGUUUUGCCCCUUGUACUUUUAAGGAAGUCCUUCACGUAUACACUGACAUUGUAAUUCCCCAGGGAGGGCCAGGGCAGCCACUGAAGCAUACUGGAAUAUUGUUGCUUUCUCUCUUUUGGUACAUGCUUCCCUUGGGAAAGACCCAUUAUCAUAGAUGUCCAGACCAAUUUUUGCCACUAUAUUUUGCCUGUUGUUGUUGCAUUGUCUUGAUUUUUAGGGAUAUUUAGUACCCUUCAGUAUGACUUUGUGAACUGGAUCUACACCCUUGUCUUCAUGUCUUCAUGUAUGGCAAAAACCAACGACAUGGACAGCACUGCUCUGCUUGAAUGCCAUGGAGAGGUGUGCAGAUGAACAUGAGAGCGCACUAACAGCAGGGUGUGGCAUAGCCAAGGUCUGAUUUAGUUCAAUAUCUGUAUGCUGUAAAUGUAUAUUACACUCGUGGGCAUUCUUAAAAUCCCAUUAACUGGGUUGCCUUUUUUUCUCUGAUCUCCUGAUUGGGUAAAACUAAAAGCAGGAAAUUGAGUUUUAUUUAGCACAGAAUAGCAUGAGUCUUUUCUGUUAUUGUUGAAGCUGAAGAAUUUCACCAGUAGUGGGUUAAGCUAAAGGGCUGUUUGCACAGUGCUUUUUCUUUAAUUCUUUUUUUUUUUUUUUAAUCAUAGACCUGUGUUUAAUCUGAAGUGCUGUGGAAAACUACAUUUGACGUUGACAAGUUGCCAUUUAUAAAAACUCAGCAUUAGCCUUCUGUAUUUUAAUUAUUGUGAAACAUUUGAUAUGCAUGUUAACUAAGAGAUUUUUUUAAAGAUGGUCAUCUUUAUACAUGAACAAAAUUAUCAGGUUUUGAGGGCUAUGUGCUUGCCAGGGUUUUCAUAACAGUAAUAAAUCAGUAGAAAUGUGUCAUUUCAUGGUACGAGAAGGUAGUUGGGCACUUGUUGUCAAUAGCAACAAAAGUGUCUAGAUAAUUUACAGUCCAAUUUCAAUAUUAAUCUCAAAGCUAUAUGUCCAAGCUAUGUGACUUGUUUAUUUAUAUACAGAAAACAUUAGGUUUAGAAGUUUACAAGGAUGUUGUUUGGUUAAGAAAAAAUAAGAUAGUAUGUGCCUUAGCUUGUAAUAUUGAUUAGACUUGGACUGAUGUUAUUUAAAGUUUAAUAAUGAUGGAAGCUAUAGGCACAGUACACAAGACAGUAUUGUGAGCAAACAGAUCUUACUGUGCUCUAAACAAUGUGUGCAAAAUGCCUGUGAGUGAUGUUUGAACACACUUCCAUGGUCCAGGGUGCUACCUUAGGCUUUCUCAAAGUUUAAAUCACAUAUUCACUAGUCUGAGAGAGGUUUUGCAUAGACAAUGGUUUCAUAGCUUUCUUAAUUAUUUAAAAUGUAUUAUUACAAUAUUUAAAAUGUAUUACAGUAUUGUGAUCAAUUUUUGUACCUAUGUUUCAAUAGUUCAUUAUUUUUAAACAAAUCUAAUAUGGUCUUUGCAUAAUUGAAAUAUAAUCCAUAACAAUAAAAUCCUUUUAUUCAAA